UUAAAUUGAACUGUGCUAUUGAGAUACCGGUUUAUGCCAAAUUCGUUCGCCUUCCUUUAUUGUGGAACCGACCAAAUUGAAAAUAUCUAAGCGAGAUGGAACGAACGAUGAUCCUCUACAUAUGGCUCGCAGCAAUCUUAGCAGCUCUCUACCUAUACUGCCGACAAGUCUACUCUCGGUUUAGUCAGUAUGGGGUCAAACAUAAGGCGACGAUCCCACUGCUGGGCAACAUGGCAUCCAUUGUGUUCAGACGGAAGCAUUUGGUGGAGUUCUUUGCAGAAUUGUAUUGUGAACAUCCGAAAGAAAGAUUUGUGGGUAGAUACGAGUUCACCAAGCCCAUACUGGUUGUCAAAGACCUGGAACUGCUGAAGAAGAUUGCUGUUAAGGAUUUCGAGCACUUCUUGGAUCACGCUUUAUCUGUCAAUACUGACAUCGACCCACUGUUUGGAAGGACCUUGUUUACAUUGAAAGGUCAAGAAUGGAAGGACAUGCGGUCAAUGUUGAGUCCAGCGUUCACCAGCUCCAAGAUGAGGCACAUGGUGCCUUUCAUCGUAGAGGUGGGAGACCAGAUGAUAGUGUCGUUGAAGAGGCAGCUUAAAGAGAGUGAAAAUGAUAGUAUCGACGUGGACUGCCGGGCCCUCGCAACUCGCUACGCCAACGACGUCAUAGCGUCCUGUGCGUUUGGACUAAGAGUCGACUCCCACUCCGAGCCCAAUAACGAGUUCUACAAGAUGGGCUACGUGGCUUCUAACUUCACUUUCUGGCAGAUGCUCAAGUUCUUUGGUCACUCGGCGUUCCCAAGGCUUAUGAAGAAAUUCGGUCUUGCCAUUUUCUCGGACAGCACUAGAGAUUUCUUUAACCACCUGGUGAUGGACACAAUGAGGGACCGCGAGGAACACGGCAUUGUGCGACCGGAUAUGAUCCAUCUCCUCAUGGAAGCUAAGAAGGGUCGACUCACUCACGACGAGAGUUCAGAUAAAGAUGCUGAUGCUGGAUUUGCGACUGUUGAAGAGUCUGAUGUUGGGAAGAAAUCUGUGACUCGAGCCUGGUCAGACACAGAUCUGACCGCUCAAGCAGUCAUCUUCUUUCUCGCUGGCUUCGAGACCGUCUCCACAGCCAUGACCUUUCUCAUGUAUGAGCUGGCCCUCAACCCUGAGGUCCAGGAGAAGCUGGCCAAGGAGAUCAGGGGCCAGGAGAAAAGUGGCAGGUUCGAUUAUGGGUCUGUGCAGAGGAUGAGUUACCUGGAUAUGGUGGUUUCGGAAUCAUUGCGGCGCUGGCCGGCAGCCAUAGCGACAGACAGACUUUGCAUCAAGGAUUACAACUUAGGAAAACCAAACGACGAAGCUACAACCGAUUACAUAAUGAAGGCCGGUGAAAGCCUCAAUAUCCCCAUAACUGCAUUCCACCACGACCCUCAAUACUUCUCGGAUCCCUUCAAGUUUGAUCCAGAGCGAUUCUCCGAAGAAAAUAAGCACAAAAUCAAACCUUCGACGUACAUGCCUUUUGGAAUGGGACCAAGAAACUGUAUUGGCUCCCGAUUCGCUUUAUGUGAGAUGAAAGUGAUGAUCUACCAGCUCUUGCUGCAUGUGGAACUGUCGCCUUGUGAAAGAACACCCAUCCCUGCCCAACUCACUACAGACACCUUCAACCUAAGGCUGAAGGGUGGACAUUACCUGCGGAUGAAACUUAGGACAUGGCUGGCAGUCCUCAACUGUACGUUUCUGCAGAAAUGUCACCUGCGAUAUAUUUCCGGAGCGAUACGACCUUUAAACCUACAAGAAAAGAGCGUAGUCCAAUCUCAAAGGCCGGCAACGCUUGCAACCCCGCUGGUGUUGCAAAUAUCCAUGAUAAUCCUAAUCUGGCUCGUAGCCAUCAUAGCAGCAGUGCUGCUAUACUGCCGCCAGUCCUACUCCAGAUUUAGCAAAUAUGGCGUCAAGCAUUUACCCCCAAUACCCCUGCUGGGAGACAUGGCAAGAGUGUUCUUUCGUAGGGAGCAUUUCUUUGAGAACGCCAAGAGAAUUUAUGAUAGCUUCCCUGGAGAGAGAUUCGUGGGCCACGUUGAGUUUGUGAGACCUAUGGUGUUUCUCCGAGACCUCGAGCUGGUGAAGCGAAUCACAGUGAAAGACUUCGAGUACUUCCUCGACCACGCCGUCGUUGUUGACAAGAGCAUUGAUCCUUUGUUCGGGAGGAAUCUGUUUGCACUGAAAGGUCAGGAAUGGAAAGAUAUGCGUUCUACCCUAAGCCCUGCCUUCACCAGUUCCAAGAUAAAGUUGAUGGUACCUUUCAUGGAAGAGGCUGGGGAAAAUAUGACCAUAAGACUGAAAAGAGAAAUACAGGCGUCUAGACAAAACUACGCCGACGUUGACUUUAAAGACGUAUGCAACCGCUACGCCAACGAUGUAAUCGCUUCUUGCGCCUUCGGCCUAAAGGUGGACUCGCAGAACAACGAAACAGAAUUCUACAAGAUGGGGAAGGUGGCUUCACAGUUAACCUUCGUUCAAAUGCUCAAGUUCAUGGGGUUUCAGUGUAUCCCUACAAUUAUGAAGUGGUUGAAAAUGACAAUUUUCACGGCGUCGACUCAGAGUUUCUUUAGGCAGCUGGUGACACAGACGAUGAGAGAGCGGGAAACACACAACAUCAUGCGGCCGGAUAUCCUCCAUCUACUCAUGGAGGUCAAGAAAGGAAAUCUUAAACAUGAGGAGGAUAACAAAGCCAGUGACGCUGGGUUCGCGACCGCAGAAGAGUCUUUCGUGGGAAAGGCAGCAACUACGAAAACUGUCUGGACUGAUGAUGACCUGAUCGCUCAAGCAGUCAUUUUCUUCGUGGCUGGCUUCGAAGGCGUUGCCCAGGCCAUGACCUUCCUUGUCUAUGAGCUGGCUCUUAACCCAGAGGUCCAAGAUAAGCUAGUGCAAGAGAUUAUGGAGAAUGAGAAGAGGAAUGGCGGGAAUUUUAACUACACGUCUGUGCAAGAGAUGACGUAUUUGGAUAUGGUCGUCUCAGAACUAUUGAGGAUGUGGACACCAGGAAUCGCUAUUGAGAGGAUGUGCACAAAAGACUACAACCUUGGAAGGCCGAAUGAUAAAGCUACUAAAGAUUACAUAAUUCGCAAGGGAGAAGGCGUAAAGAUUCCUACUGGUGCCUUCCACCUCGACCCUCAGUACUUCCCUGAGCCCCAGAAGUUUGAUCCGGAGCGCUUUUCACCUAAGAACCGCCACACGAUUCAUCCCUUUUCUUUUAACCCUUUUGGAUGCGGCCCGAGGAACUGUAUAGCUUCCAGAUUCGCCCUCUGUGAGGUAAAGGUGCUUAUCUACCAGGUGCUCAAGCAUAUGGAAGUGUCGCCAUGCGAGAAGACAGUCAUUCCAAUAGAGCUGGACAAGUCCUCCUUCAACCUGAUUAUCAAGGGAGGACACUGGAUUCGGGUGAAGGCUAGGGAAUGAGAGCGGCAGUUUCUAAAUGAAGCUAGAACGGAAGUAAAAGUUAUUUUUCAUGUUUUUUAAAACAAUAAAAGUUUAAAUGUACACAA